CUUCCCCCAAAUAUGGCAAACUUGUGCUCAGCUGAAAUGACCUGGGACCAAUGCUUGUUUGUGAUUUCACGAACCAGGCAUAUUUGUCAUGUAGGCGCAUGGGUUUUCUUCAAGCAUUUGGGCACAAUCUUAACAGGAAGAAUCUCAAAGAUCCUUGCCAGAACAGGCUCAGAUCCAACAGUGUCCAACAGCGCUGUCAUCUUCCUUGACCACUUUAACGUGUCGGAGCAUAGGGACGUACGAUUGAACAUGCCUCUCCUCCUAAAAUCCAACCGACUUAUCCUGGUGGAACCCCAUGACAUCCUCUUUGACUUCAACGCUCAGCAUGAUUGCAUGUUUGCCCACUGUGAAAUCAAGGAGUCCGAUGUCUAUGUACGACAGGAACGGCUGGAGACAGAAGUCAGAGCCAAGCAUCUGGCACAUAACGACGACAUACGCUAUCUGCUCAACAUGCAUGCUCUUCAUAAUGCCCAUCUCAUCCGCGAGACUCUUCCCCGUACCCUGGUUGCUCCAAUCCCUUAUAAACCACCCGCCGUCAGAGCCCAGUUCCAUCGUGACGUGGCAGCUAGCCUCCAGGUUUCAGGGCCAGAAAAGAGAGCAAUCACGCAGGCCAAAGCCAAGGAGACACGAGAC